AUGUUUUUAAUUGCUUAUUGUGGAAGGUUGUUGGUUGUCGUCGUCUAUCAUGGAAGAGUAAAGCUCAUAAUUCCCAAGUUUUUCUCUCAUCAGUCUAAUGGUGAAAUUAUCGAAAACAUCGAAGAUUCUCCAACGCAAUUCAUCUUAAAGUACAAAUUUUUACAUAACGGCAGACCAGUGAGUGACAGGAGCCAUCAAGCUAUCACCCUCUAA